AUGACUCGCCCGCCCAUUCCCGGGACCACAUGGCAGGCCGCGCCCGCCAUUCCCGGUACCGUGGCAGGCCUCGCCCGCCCAUUCCGGGACCGUGGCGAGCCUCGCCCGCCAUUCCCGGGACCCUUGCGAGCCUGGCCCGCCCAUUCCGGGAACCGUGGACGAGCCUCGCUCGCCCAUUCCCUGGACCCGUGGCGAGCUCGCCGCCCGUUCUCGGGCGACACCGUGGCGAGCCCGCACGCCCAUUCCCGGGCCCGUGGCGAGCCUCGCCACGCCCAUUCCCGGGCCCGUGGCGAGCCCGGCCCGCCCAUUCCCGGAACCCGUAGGCAGGCUCGCCCGCCCAUUCCGGGACCCGUGGAAGGCCUCGCUCCGCCCCAUUCCCCGGGACCCGUGGCAGGCCUCCUCCGCCCAUUCCAGGGACACGUGGCAGGCUCGCCCGCCAUUCCCGGGACCCGUAGGCGAGCAUCGCCCGCUAAUUCCCCUGGACCUGUGGCAGGCCUCGCCCGCCCAUUCCCGUGGACCCGUGGCAGCCUGACCCGCCCAUCUCCCGGGACCCGUGGCAAGGCCUCUCGUGCCCAUGUCCCGGGCCCGUGGCGGCCCUCGCCCGUCCCAUUCCCGGGACCACGUGGCAGGCCUCGCCCGCCCAUUCUCCGGGACCCAGUGUCAGGCCCUUCUCCCGCCCAUGUCCCGGGACCCGUGGGGCGAGCCUCGCCCGCCCAUUCCGGGACCCUUGCUAGCCUCGCCCCGCCCACUCCGGGACCCCGUGGCGAGCCUCGCCCGCCCAUUCCCGGACCACGUGGCAACCUUCGCCCCCCAAAUCCCGGGACCCGUGGCGAGCCUCCGCCCGCCCAUAUCCCCGGCACCAGUGGGCUGGCCUCGCCCGCCCAUUCGCCGGCCCCUUGGCAGCCUCGCCGCCCAUUCCCGGGACCCGUGGCGAGCCUCGCCCGCGCCAUGUCCCAGGACCCUUGUGAGCCUCGCCCGCCCAUUCCCGGGACCCGUGGCAUGGCCUCCGCCCGCCCAUUCCCGGGAUCCCGUAGCGGCCUCGCCCGCCCAUCCCCGGACCCGUUGGCCUCGCCCCGCCCGUUCCCGGACCCGUGGCGAGCCUCGCCCGCCCUUCCCGGGACCCGUGGAGAGCCUCGCCCGCACCAUUCCCGGGACCCUUGGCGAGCCCGCCCGCCCAUUCCCGAACCCGUGGCAGCCUCGCCCGCACCAUAUCCCGUACCCUGGCAGGCCUCUCCCCGCCCCAUGUUCCCGUGCACCCGUGGCAUGCCUCGCCAUCCCCCAUUCCCGUACCCGUGGCAGGCCUCGCCCGCCCUAUCCCUGACGCCGUGGCAGGCCUCGCCCGCCCAUUCACGCUGGAAACCGUGGCAGGCCUCGCACGAGCCCAUUCCCGGGACCCCGUGCAGGCCCUCGCCCGCCCAUGUUCCCGGGACCCGUGGCUGGCCUCAGCCCGCUCCAUUCCCGGGACCUGUGGCAGCCUCUCGCACCCAUUCCGGGACCCCCGUGGCAGUGCCUCGCGCGCCCAUUCCCGGACCCAGUGGCUGCCUCGCCCUCCCAUUCCCCAGGGACCCGUGGCAGGCCUCGCCCGCACAUUCCCCGGGACCCGUGGCAGGCCUCGCCCAGGCCCAUAUCCCGGGACCCGUUGCGAGCCUCGCCCGCACCAUGUCCGGACCCGUGGCAUAG